UGUAUCGUAGCUUUAAGACUGAUUGUAUCGUUCCGCUUUCAUGAUUCCGUUGAAACGAAAGCUCGAUGCAGCUAGACCAGGGACUUUGGAGCAAAAGCAACCCUCCAGUGAAAGUUUUACCAGAGAGCCCCACGAUCCUGGCAUCGCUCAAGUUGGCUUCGGAAAGUAUAGAGAUUUGACGCUUGAGCAGCUGGCAAAACAGGACAAGGAAUAUUGCCGCUGGGUCCUGGCUCAGAAAGAUCCUGACAACUUUCGUAUGCGCAGAUUGCAGGACUUCCUCCGCAAACAGCACGCCAAGGAAAGAUCGGAGCCAGUGAAAAGCAAAGAGAGCACAGACCUUGAAAUCGAUGCAAUUCCAGGACAUGCCCCUCUGGCGCCUGUUCCGUCGUGGGUUAAAGAAUUGCUGUCAAUCUCCACUGUUGAGCCCGUGAGCAAGGAGCUGGAAAGCACGGCGUUGACAGGAUUGUCAAGCAAGAUCAUCAACACGUUGCACGAGUAUCAACGCCAUGGCAUUGCAUUUGGUGUCCAACAUGGUGGCCGCGUCCUACUUGCGGAUGAGAUGGGCCUGGGAAAAACGGUUCAGGCUCUUGGCAUCGUGGCGUUUUACAAGCGCGAGUGGCCAGUUCUAGUGGUGGUCCCUGCAUCUUUGCGUUUGGCUUGGAAAGCAGAGAUUUCCAGAUGGCUGAGUGCAACGGCUCAAGUUGUUCUUACUGGCGCAGAUCACUUUUACAGUGAAAAAGAUUUCUACAUUGUGUCGUACGACCUGCUCCAUAGACAUCCGAAGUUUCAAUCACAGGCCAAUGGCAAGCGCUUCGCCGUAGUCAUAUGCGACGAAUCCCAUUUUCUGAAGACCUGGCAAGCACAACGAACUGGCCACAUGGUUCCGCUGCUGCAGAAUGCUCAAAGGGCGGUGCUGAUUUCGGGCAGUCCAGCACUGAAUAACGCGUUCGAGCUAUAUCCGCAAUUGGCUGCUUUGCUUCCGGCAGUCAUGCCAAGCCCUUGUGAGUUUGGGCAGCGUUACUGCGUGUCUGACCAUCAGCAAGGUCGCGAGAUGUUUUCUGGGUCAGUGAGGCCUUCGGAGUUGCGUCAGGUCUUGUCAUCAGUGAUGAUCCGAAGAGAAAAGGCAGAAGUUCUCCGCCAACUUCCGCAGAAGCGCCGAAGGACGGUGCCUUUGGAGUUGCCUCCUGUGGCUGCUUUACAGUGGGAGGGCGAUGCAGAGGUCCAACGCGUUGAGAAGGGCUGGCAAUCAGUUUAUGCGCGUGUUGGGCUAGCCAAAGCUGACAUCGCGGCGGACUAUAUCGAAAUGCUUGCAAGUUCACUGGACAAAGACAAGCUUUUGGUAUUCUUUCAUCACGAAGUGGUGGGGAACAUCAUAGAGGCACGGGUGCAGCAAGCAAAGAUCGGGCAUGUGCGAAUUGAUGGAAAAACACCUGCCGUCAAACGUGGGCUUGAAGCUUGCCGUUUUCAAGAGGAUCCUUCCGUUCGAAUCGCUGUUUUGUCCAUCACUGCGUGCGGUGUGGGCCUUACCCUCACAGCAGCCUCCGUGGUGGUUUUUGCUGAGCUCUACAGUGUGCCCAAAAUUAUGGAACAAGCUGAGGACCGUGCUCACCGCAUUGGUCAAACAUCCUCUGUUGACAUUCAUUAUUUGGUUGCCAGAGGAACUGUCGACGACGGGAUCCUGGCAUGCAUGGCCCGAAAGCGUGCGGAUCUUCAGCAUUUGCUCCCACACCAGGAAGGAUCGUUCCAAGAGCUUGAGAAGAUCAAGCCGGUGAAACCUUUGCGAGACAGCAAGAUGGUUCCCGCGGUGCGAGCAAGUGCCAGACCGUUGGUGCAAACUACCACGCCCGAACGUCUUGAAGACAGGACUCAGCUGGUUAGAGGCUCUACCGCAAAAGGCAUCAAGACAGUGAGGAGCAGAGGCUUAUCAUUUGAGCAGGAAGGUCCCCAGCGGAGAUCCUCUUCACACAACCUGACAUCAAUGUCAUUUGGGAAAUCGACAGAGCACACUGGCAAACAAGGAGGGCGCACCAAGGGUGCAGUUGAGAUUGUCUUAGAUGAGACUUCACCAGACGCACCAGUUCCAAACAAGCCAGUCUCAGUUGUCCUCGAUGAUUCUGAGGAUGAAGCUGAGGGCCCUGCUGUGGCGCAAACCAUGGAGGAUUCUGACAGUGAUGUGCAGAUCGGGUUCGGUUGAAAGAUGAUUCAGCCAAUCCAAACUAGCUGCAGCUGACUUUGUGCAGGGGUGUGUGCUUUCAGGUGCUAGAGUUGUGGGGUUUCUGUCAGGUCUCACUGACAUGGGAAGGAGGCGUUGACAUCGGGGAAAGGAGGGAAGUUCAUUCUUCAGUUGUGGCGAUAUAGACGGGGACUCUAUAUAUAGUUGUAUAUAUAUAAUGAGCUGUAGGUGUCAUACUUGUGACCCAUGAUUGGACGGGACAGCCACACUUUUGAACCCCUCGAGCCGCAUGUCCCGGCAGCCCAAUAACAAACUUAGACA